AGGGCAGGUAAUUGCAAAGCACUUUGGUACGGCCGUUAAUAUUACAAUUUGGCCAUGGAGGGUUCGAAGUCGUCUAGUACUACAAUGCAAGUGAGCUUCGUUUGUCAACGCUGCAGCCAACCACUGAAGCUUGAUACGUCCUUUAACGUCUUGGAUCGAGUCACAAUCCAAGAACUUAUUGCCCCAUUGGUCACUGUAACAUCCAGCAAACAGACAGAAAGCAGUGAGGGGGAAGCAGCUCCUGAGGAGACCUUUGUGGAGAACAAGCAAGAUGGAGUGGCAAGGAAGUACAUCCCACCCACACGGAUGAUGUCCACUGAGAGUGCAAACAGUUUCACUCUAAUUGGAGAGGCCUCAGAUGGAGGCACAAUGGAGAACCUAAGUCGCAGACUGAAGGUGACAAGUGAUCUGUUUGACAUCAUGUCUGGGCAGACAGAUGUAGAUCACCCUCUCUGUGAAGAGUGCACAGACACACUUCUGGAUCACCUGGACACACAGCUUAACAUAACAGAGAAUGAAUGCCAGAAUUACAAGAGUUGUUUGGAGCUGUUGUCUCAGCUGCAGGAGGAGGAUGAGGACACUCUGCUGACAGAGUUACAGCAGUUGAGACAGGAGGAGGAGUCUCUCAUCCAAGAACUUGAAGCGAUUGAAAAGCAGCGCGAGGCUGUAGCCCAGGACCUCGCAGAGGGACGAACCCACACCCAGAAACUGGAUACAGAGGAGCUUCAGUAUCAAAAGGAGUACAGUGAAUUCAAGCGCCAACAGUUGGAGCUGGAUGAUGAGCUGAAGAGUGUUGAUAACCAGAUGCGUUACUGCCAGAUCCAGCUGGACAGACUGAAGAAAACUAAUGUUUUCAAUGCCACCUUCCACAUCUGGCAUAGUGGGCAGUUUGGGACAAUCAAUAACUUCCGGCUGGGGCGAUUACCCAGCGUUCCUGUGGAAUGGAAUGAGAUUAAUGCUGCCUGGGGACAGACAGUCCUCCUCUUACACGCUCUUGCUAAUAAAAUGGGACUGAGAUUUCAGAGGUAUCGACUAGUACCAUACGGAAAUCACUCCUAUCUGGAAUCCCUCACAGACAAGUCAAAGGAGCUACCGUUGUAUUGUUCAGGCGGCCUGCGAUUUUUCUGGGAUAAUAAGUUUGACCAUGCCAUGGUGGCAUUUCUGGAUUGUGUUCAGCAGUUUAAAGAGGAGGUUGAAAAAGGUGACACCGGUUUCUGCUUGCCAUACAGAAUGGAUGUGGACAAGGGGAAGAUUGAGGACACAGGUGGCAGUGGAGGCUCUUACUCCAUUAAGACUCAGUUUAACUCAGAGGAGCAGUGGACAAAAGCUCUGAAGUUCAUGCUUACCAACCUCAAAUGGGGCUUGGCCUGGGUCUCUUCCCAGUUCUACAAUCGAUAGGGGGAAGCAUGACUAGACUCAGCCCUGCAGACUCAUGGCCUGUGAGCUUUUUUUUUUUUUUCCUGACUGGACAUGACUGUUAGCCAUGAGCCUCAGGAGCCCAGAAAAUAUUAUCGGUGAAUCUCCCCGUGUAAAAAUAAUAUAUGCC